AUGACUCCCAAGUGUCAGAUAAUUCUUAACAGAACAAGAGACGGACAUUUUAAAGCCGGACAAUAUGUGACAGGAAUAGUGAAGUUUUCUAUAUAUAAGCCGAAGCGGUACGACAGUAUUGACAUUUCUUUCGAGGGCCGUGGAAAAUGCAGUUGGACUCAAACAGAUUCGCCCGAUGAUACAAUUUACAUUAACAACAAGGAAGAGUAUGUCUCUAUCAACAAGAAUUUAUUUACACCAGUUGGAGACCAGAUGGUUGAACCUGGAGAUUAUGAAUACCCAUUUGAGUUUUUACUCCCACACGAUAUACCAUCGUCAGUUAAGACUGACUUUUGUAAGAUACACUACACAAUUUUCGUGAGAUUUGAAAAAAAAAGAACUUUUGGCGCUGAAGUGAAACUUGAAAAUGAGCGUGAAGUACCUGUUUAUGGAUUUGUGGAGCCAUUGACUCGCGGGCCAGCUCCCUUCAAAGUCGAGCAAAAGCUACGUUCCUUCAAUCCAAACAAUAAGAUCACAGUAAAAGGAGUGAUAGACAGAACAUUUUUAAGACCAGGCGAUAUCAUUCGUCUGAAGAUGAUGGUGACGAAUGACUCAAAUGUCGCCAUUUCUAUUAAAAGUAAGCUUGUUCGUCAUAACACUUAUAUAUCAAAAGAGAAGUAUUCCACUACAUACGUUUCAGAAAGGAGUAUACCAGGGACCAAAGAAACUUCUCCUCUUAUAAGGCCAAAUAGUGUGACUAAACUGAAGAGAAUUAUACCAUUAUUUGAUACGUUAUACUCGAUACAAAAUUCGAAGAUAAUGGAAGGAGAAUUUGAGGUUAAAGUGACGAUUAAGGCACCUUUUCCUUAUGGUAAGGAGUAUGCACGAGUUCCAGUGGUGAUUGGAUGGACAAAAGAAGAAUACGCAGCUCUUAUCCAGCGUGAGCUGCCACCUUCAUAUUCAGAAGCUAUCAGCGGAAAUAAUUAG